CUCCGAGUGACCCUUCUCAGGUAGCUUUUGAAUGAUCAGCGUGACUGGCCAGCACAUUCUGGAACAUCCGGCUUUGGUCCAGCUGGUGAUGAGAUGGGGGCCGGCCAGUCUAUAUGCUUCCCACCCAUCUCGGGACCCCACCACAUUGGCUGCACAGAUGUGAUGGAGGGUCACAGUCUUGAGGGGAGCCUCUUCCGACUCUUCUACCCAUGCCAAGCAUCAGAGAAGUGCGAAGAGCCCCUGUGGAUUCCCCGCUAUGAGUACUGCAUGGGUCUGGCUGACUACUUGAAGUAUAACAAGCGCUGGGUGGGGUUGCUGUUCAACGUGGGUAUCGGAUCUUGUCGCUUGCCUGUUAACUGGAACGGCCCCUUUAAGACAAAGGAUUCUGGAUACCCUUUGAUCAUCUUGUCCCAUGGCCUAGGAGGCUUCAGGGCGGUAUACUCGGCCUUCUGCAUGGAGCUGGCCUCCCGUGGCUUUGUGGUUGCUGCUGUGGAGCACAGGGACCAGUCAGCUUCGGCCACCUACAUCUGUAAGCAGACCUCACAAGAGAGCUCGCCCACUGAGUCUCUGGAGGAGGAAUGGAUCCCCUUCCGGCACAUCAAGGAAGGGGAGAAGGAAUUCCAUUUGAGGAAUCCCCAGGUGCACCAGCGGGUGAGAGAGUGUAUGCGCGUGCUGCAGAUCCUUCAGGACGCCUCUGUGGGGAAGACUGUUGUCAAUGUCUUUCCAGGAGGACUGGAUCUGACGACCUUGAAGGGCGGCAUCGACGUGAGCCGCGUGGCUGUGAUGGGGCACUCCUUUGGAGGAGCUACAGCUGUCCUUGCCUUGACCCAGGAGGUCCAGUUUCGGUGUGCUAUAGCCUUGGACGCUUGGAUGUUCCCUCUGGAAUGGGACUUUUACCCCAAAGCCCGGGGCCCUGUGUUCUUUAUCAACGCCGAGAAAUUCCAAACAAUGGACACCGUCAACUUGAUGAAGAAGAUAUGUGCCCAACAUGAGCAGUCUAGGAUUGUGACUGUCCUAGGCGCUAUUCAUCGGAGUCAAACUGACUUUGCCUUUGUGACCGGCAACCUGAUUGCUAAAUUCUUUUCCAGUAACACUCGGGGGACCCUGGACCCUUAUGAAGGUCAGGAGGUCAUGGUGCGGGCCAUAUUGGCCUUCCUGCAGAAGCACCUUGAUCUGAAGGAAGACUAUGAUCAGUGGAGCAGCUUCAUCGAAGGCGUCGGACCAUCGCUCAUCCAAGGGGCCCCCCACUAUCUGUCCAGUCUAUAGGUUGCUUGAGCUGAGUUUCCACUUAGGAGCUGCCCAAGGAUACUUGUAAACUCUCAGCAGGACCCUUUUUCCCAGAUCGAGAAGAUGUAAUCAGAGAGCUGAUUGGGCAGCUGGAUACUUUGCUCUUGGGAUCAUUGAUUGUGGUUGGAUCACUGGCUGAUUGGGAAGCUGAUUUUUUUUUUUUAAGUCAAGGACUCAUGACCCAGACUGGCUCUGAGCUUAUUACGUAAUGAGGAUGACCUUUCUGAAUGACAGAUACUACCACUAUGCCUGGCUGUGUUCAGUGCCGGGAAUCAGACCUGAUGUGAGCCACUGUGCCUGACUUGAUUUAAAGACUAUGAAAUCCUUAUGUCCUGAGGACCUGUUCUCAGUAACAGUGGUCCCCACCUCUGUCCCAGGGUUGUUGGCCUUAAGUAAGAACAGAGUCUACCUGCUCAGCUGAGCUCUCUCUGGGCUUGGGCCAUUUCUACUGUUCUGACCGUGCAGUUUACCAUGUGGAAUCCAUACCAAUAGGCGCCAUGCCCUCUGUGCCACCAUAGCCAGUCUUUUUGGCAUCCAGACACGCAUCUCAAGGAAAACCCACUGGAUCUGUGGUACCUACUUUGGAUGGACUUUACAGUAGUUUGCCUGUAAAGCUUAGGCAGACCACUAUAUUAACUGACUACAUCCCCUACUGUUGGCAAGCUAACUUUCUUAGGAUGAACCAAGAGAGUAAGUCGUAGGGUGGGACUGGCUGAGCCCCCGGCCCCAGGCGGAGCCCCAUGGAGCGUGGAUAUGACAACUUGACUGGGCGAGCCCACUCCCUCACCUUGGGCGAUUGUUGCCUUAUGAAGCCAAAGGCCAGAGGGAAACCUAAGGGCUUCCAGCCCUGCCUGGUGCUCUCCACCUGCCCCCCGCCCGCAGUCUUCCCACCAUAUGAAAUACAGUAAUGGACACUUUAUACUGUCAUGCUUAGGAGCCCACGUGGGACAAACAGUAUUGUCCUCAGAACACAGACACCAAGGAGCCCCUCAGAAGCUCACUUUCUACAUAUGUAAACUGAGGGCCUGUGUUACGAAUGGGUGGAAUGAUUGAGUGGGGGAUGGGUAACCCCUGGGUUAUUAAAUGUGCAUAUGUCCCACACAUGUGCUUUCUAAUUGUUCAUAUGAGGUUUCACAAGUAUAUCUUGUUAGGAAACAUCCUGAGUAGGUUGAGUUGGGCUUGAACACUCCGGUAACAUUGGAACAUUCCUAGGAAGGUCUGAGGUCAGCUUUGUCUUGACUCUUACUCCAAACUUGGGUGCGUUAGUUGUCUGUCUUUCUUUCUCUUCUCUUCUUUUCUUUCUUUCUCUUUUCUUUUGGAGGCCAUCCCCCAAUUUGAGUCAAGAAACAGAUCCAGUCUGUUUCAUCCUGUUCAAAUUCUGUUGAAUAUUGAUGCUCAUGUGACCUGAUGGCGUGCUGUAAUACCGUCUGUUUAAUCGACAUUAGAGCAAGUUGGAGAACCAUCUGCAAGUGACUUUUCUGAUUUCCUUUGUUUGCUAAUCACGUGUGCCCACAUGGAAAAAAAUGAAGUCUUCCCAGAGUUCCAAGCUCAGUGGGAAGGCCUACCAAGGACUAUCUCUCUGCCAUACAGAUGUCACCCGAGUCCAAAGAGGGAAGAACCCUGAAGGGGCUAGUACAGAAUGGAAAUGUAUCUCUGCACAGUAGUCCUAGGUCAGGGCCGCCAAAGCAAUCCAGACAGACGAGCACACACCAGGAGGCUCCUCAGGCACGGCUCUGCAGCUGCACAGCUGGGCUUGGAGUCCUGGCUCCACCACUGUGGAAAUCGGAGCAAAUUCUGUUGUCUUCCCCACCUCACUUUCUAUGUAUGUAAACUGAGGGCCUGUGUUACGAAUGGGUGGAAUGAUUGAGUGGGGGGAUGGGUAACCCCUGGGUUAUUAAUGUGCAUUUCCCAUGUCCCACACAUGUGCUUUCUAAUUGUUCAUAUGUUAGAUGUUUCCUAGUCAGAAUGCCCCAUGUGAUCUCUGCCCUUCAAGAUUUGUCGAAAUGUGAUUGUUGGCCCACUCGCUGUAUGAUUAAAAAGUCUAUCUAGUCUGAA